AUGCGGCGAUCGUUCUCCCUUUUCCAAUCUGAUCGACGCACACGUCACCAUUUGAUGAUUGAUGGUGAAAUUAACCCAAGGGAAUGGUUUAAUUGGCACAUGAAGGAAUAUCAGCCUUGGUAUUUCGACCGGCAUAAGUUCUUGUAUGAGCAGAGCCAGUACGCCGCAUUCCAUCAUCUUCUUUGCCAUCAGGCCUAUAUUAAGGAUAUGAAGCAGUUGAUUCAGUACCCGGAGCCGGGAACGUAUAUUAUUGAUUGUAGGACAUCACCCGAUAAAAUGCACCGUUGGAUUCCCCAUAGCUAUUGGCUACCACGGGACGAGGUGGAGUAUGCGCUACAGCUAACUGGUGAUGAGUUCAAGGACAUGUAUGGCUUUAAGAAGCCUGAGCGGGAAGAAGAUGUCAUUUUGGUUUCCCAUGACGGCCUUUUUUCCGAGCAGGCCGGAUGGGAAUGGAAGAAACAGUAUUUUCAACAUGUGUAUAAUUAUCGUGGUGGUACGAAUGAGCUAUUUGGCGAGGUGUAUCAUGAUUUUGUACCCAAGGAUCGGUUGGAUCCAUGGAAAGGUCCAUACCCCCAGAGUUCGAUUUUUGUGGAUAAAUGGAGCAAGCGAAAAGUAUUACAGCGCACUGGCCCUUUUGAUCGACAGUAUGAGAUGCAAGACUUUGCCUUGCCUGACUUAGAGUUAGAGAAGCCACGUCAUUCUGAAGAAGGGCCUCGGCAAAAUAUGCCAUACGGAUUGCAGUGA